UAAUCGAUUUCACCGCGAUUACCGCCGUUGAAAACAUCGAUAAUUUUGUGUUUUGUUGCGCUGCACGUGUUCCAAAUUUGAUUGCAUUCGUUUGGUGAUUUUGUUGGAUUUAAGGCAUUUAAAACACCAGCGACGCCAUGCAGCACGACGACGUGGUUUGGAGCAUCAUCAACAAGUCCUUCUGCUCGCACAAAGUCAAGACCGACACACGUACCUUCUGCCGACAUGAGUACAAUCUCACGGGUCUGUGCACGCGGCGCACCUGUCCACUGGCCAAUUCGCAAUAUGCCACCGUGCGCGAGGAGAAGGGCAUCAUCUAUUUGUUCAUCAAGACCGCCGAACGGGCGCACAUGCCCAGCAAACUCUGGGAGCGCAUCAAGUUGUCGCGCAACUUCGAGAAGGCCAUCGAGCAGAUCAACGAGAACCUGGUCUUCUGGCCCAAGUACAUGAUCGCCAAGAACAAGCAGCGCUUCCUCAAGAUCACCCAAUAUCUGAUGCGAAUGCGCAGGCUGAAGCUGCGCCGCCAGAAGCUGAUUGUCCCACUGUCCACGAAGAUCGAGCGGCGGGAGGCACGUCGCGAGGAGAAGGCCUUGGUGGCCGCCAAGAUCGACAAUCACAUCGAGAAGGCCCUGAUGGAUCGCCUCAAGCACGGCACCUACCGCGACAUCUACAACUUCUCGCAGACCGCAUUCAACAAGGCUCUGGAGGCGGAACGCGUGGACGACGAGGAUGAGGAGCUGGACGACGACGACGAGGAGGAGCAGGAGCUGGAGCGCGAAAUGGAAGUGGACGCCGACGAUUCCCGCGAAGCUGUCGAGCUGCAGAGGGACCUGCUCGACGAGGAGUUCGUUGAAGCCGAUACGGAUGAUGAUGAUGAUGACGACGACGACGACGACGAGGACGAGGACGAUGAGCAGGCAUACGACAGCGACUCCGGUCGGCGGGAGGAGGUCGAAGUGGGCAGCGAUUUCGAGGAUUCGGACGACGACGGCGAUGAUCCGGAUGCAGAUGAUAUUGAGGACAUUAAAGUGCCCGCCAAAAAGUCCGCCAGCAAGGCGAAGAAGGACAAGAAAUCAGCAGCAGCGGCCAACAGUCGUCGCAGCCGAUCGAAACCCAAACUGGAGCUGGAGUACGAGUAUGAAGUGGAGAACGAGGUGGAGGCACAGCGGCAGAUGCGCCAUUAGCCAGGUCCACAAUUCGUUCCACCCACUAGCUGUUAACGCUUAUUGUUUAGCCCACUAAUUGUGUAAUGCCGGUUAAGAAUAGUAUAUUUUAUAUAAAACAAAACGACACAAAACUCCCUGUGAACAUUCUGUAUGGUGAGUUCCCAAUUUUCGGAACGAUGCAUCCCAUUCGAUUUCAUGCUACAUCUUUCUCGCUCGCUCGCCUUUCUGACCAAAAAGCGUGCUGCUGGCUGACAUUGAAAGUGCGUGAGAUGAGGGUCAAGACACGGGGGCUACACGGCGGCAAUGCAAUGCAAAACCAGUUGCAAAAAUAUUCUAUAAAAACUCUAAACUAUUUUAGACAGAGCUACCGUUUUCGCAUACCCUGUAAAACG